UGGCAGCUGAGCAGGCUCCAGGGAGCCAGGGCAGGAUGUCCUGGGCAGGGGAGCUUGGGCUGAGCUCUCCCAAGAGGAGGCUGGCAGGGGAGGAUCCCAUGCGGCAGAACUCUGGCAGCCAAGGCCGGAUGUGGCCAGGCAGGAGUCCCAAGAGUGGCCUCCAGCUUCAGGGGCCUUUAGGGGAGGAAGAGUAAGCUGGGGCAACCCGGCAGAGAUCCUAGGUCAAGGAGGGGUGGGAGGCCCCUAGGAUUGCUGUGGGAUAGGGUUACAGAUAAAUCCAAGGGUUACCAGCCCAGAAUCUUACUACCCCAAAACUCCCACCCUGGAUGAAGAGAGCUCCAACAAGGGGACAGCCAGGAAGACCAAGACCUCCAGGGCUCCUGGGGACAGGCCCCACUGGCUGGAGCCGGGGCUCUGAGUAGGCCUGCAUGGACAUCCCCAUCAGCAGCAGAGACUUCCGCUGCCUGCAGCUGGCCUGUGUGGCCCUCGGCCUGGCAGCCGGCAGCAUCAUCAUCGGUGUCUCCGUGUCCAAAGCUGCAGCUGCCAUGGGUGGUAUCUUUAUUGGCGCCGCUGGUCUGGGGCUCCUCAUCUUGGCCUACCCCUUCUUGAAGGCUCGGCUCAACCUGGACCACUUCCUGCCUAACAUAGGGAGCCUGAGAAUCCACCCCCAGCCAGGGCCAGACCAUGGGGAGGGAAGAUCCAGCACCAAUGGCAAUAAAGAAGGAGUCCGAAGCGGCCUGUCCACCGUGAGCAGAACCCUGGAGAAGCUGAAGCCAGGGGGCCGGGGCACUGGGGAAGGCUGAGGCUGGGGGGGAGGGGCUGCCCUCGCCCUGCCCUCCCUUCCUGCCCACCACCCCAAUCUCAGAGCCCUCCUGGGUCCAAACCAGAGGUGAACCAGGCGCUGGAGACACCAGACCUGAAUUCGCCCUGCCAGCCAAGGCUCUUGGCAGUAGAUUCCAUGUGGUGGGAGGCGGGGUCUGAAGCAAGGUGUCAGCUGGGAGCCCCACAGGAGGGGCCUUGUUGCAAGUUUUUGACCUGGAUUUUCUCUCCAGACUGCAGCUGAGCUUCCCUUCCUUUUUGAUCUACUGACUGGUUUCUCUGGAAUUUGGGGCCCAAGAAUACCCAGUUCCUUGCUCCAGCCUCGCCACAGAAGCAAACCAGAGGCCCACAGGAACCACAAACAGGGUCCUGACUGAGCCUCCUAGCCCCCAAGGCCUGGCCCUGGGCCUCUCUUGCUCACCAGCUGGAUCAGAUUCUUUUGAGGAUAUCAAAACUCUAGGCAACUCCUCAGGGACCUUGGCAGCAAUGAACAAGACAGGGGCAAAUCCUAGACAAAGUGGUCCCUGCCAUGGUGGGAGCCAGGUGAGGCAUGGGCCUGGAGGCUUCCAGGAGGAGGUGGCUCCUGAGCUGAGUCCAGCCCUGAGACUUAUUGUUUGAUCCCACCAUUCAAGACUUUUUGUGAUCUGACUCCAGACAAGACUUCCAGCCCUCCUUCCUCCUCCCCCACCCUCUCACCGCUCCUGAACAAUCUAAACACAUUCCAGCCUCCAAAGCUUGGCUUAUGUUCUCCUGAAGGUCCCCUGCUCCUCUCUGCCUAGCAAAACCCGCCACCUUUAAAGACCCAGUUGCAAGAAUCCCCUUAACACGGUGCCCUCCUUGGCCUCUUCUACCAGCCUGUGUCUCCCUCUCUCAACAGCCUCCAGCAGGUUGAAGCCUUCUUUUUCACAAAAUAAUUACUAAUCCUAUUUAAAUCUACUGUAUAUUGCCCUUUUCCAGUCACCAUCAGGGCACACAGUACGUGCUCAAUAAAUGUUAAUGGCUUAAAUUUAAUGGAAACAAAAAACCAAAAAACAUUCCCCAGGCUUUCCCUAGAGAGCCACUUCAAGACCCCAUGUACCCACAGGAUUCGGGGUGGGGAGGACCAGGCCCAGGUGCCUGUGGCUGUGCAGAAAACAUUGCUCCUCCCUCCACACUGCUCUUCAUAUACCUGCACCCUCAAGGCAGAGCAGUCGUCUGACGUGUAGAGAGACAUCUGCUCCAUGUGGACUCUGUCCUUGUUUGGGGAACAGAAGACAAGCUAGGAAGCGUCUCAUUCUUGAAGGAUCAGUGCAGAUGACACCUCCUCUCAGAAGUCUCCCCAGACUUGCUGUGCUCCCGCAGCCCCAGGACCUCCCUCCCUCACAGCCCACAUCCCUCUGAGUGGCUCUUGUCUAUUUCCCGCCCUUGAGAGGAGGGGGCAGAGGGCUAGGCACAACAAAAGGUAAACCCAACCAAAAGUGGGGUAGACUAUCUCACCAUACAGAUGGGAAAGCUGAGGCCCUGCAGGAAAAGGACUCAUCGGAUCCCACAAUGAGAGAUUGUGGAGCCAGGCCUUGCACCCAGGUCUCUUCUCUCUCCCCACACAAGGCUCUACCGUCUGCUAUUCUCUGCGCAGUCCACAGGGACCACCUCCCUGACCAUGGAAGAAACGACAGACCUCCAUAAAGGGGCUCAAUUUCAUAAACACUGGCCAGUUGUGAAGCCUUUGGUUCCUCCAGCCUGCGGGGAGUCAACUUCCCUCUUGCAUUUCACUCUUCUCCUCCCUCCUGUCUGCUCGCUGCCCCUUCUCCUUUCCUUCUGUCAACCUCAUUAUCACCAACAAUAACUCAGGUCUGGUGGCCCUUCUUGAUCAAUAUGGAAACCCUUCUUCCUGUCUAUCUCCAAGCGUCACCUGCAGAGCCCCCAAAGAUGCCCAAGGGUGGGGAGGAUGGCAGUGGGGAAAAUGAAACCAGAACUGUGGGGUGCGUUGUCCCCCUAUUCAGCCAUGAUCUCCAGCAGGGCUAUGGUAUCCCCAAUGUCUAGCAGGGGAAGACACAGAGCAAUGUUGGGGAUCAGAAUGCAAUAAAUAGAGGAAUGAACACAUAGAAAGGCAAGAGCUACGUCCAUUGGAGAAGAACUAGGGGACUUCUUGAGGCCCCAGCCCCUGGUUCCUCUUUCCCCCUGCCAUGGGCUCCCUGAGACCUCCUUCCCACUAGUGCAGGUAAAUGUCUAGUUACCCCUCCCGGAGUGUAUUUCCACUCUCAGUACCUCCAUCGCCUCAAACUGGUCACAGGAGUGGUCCAUGUGGAGACACAUGCCUUCUCCCCAUCCGUGCUUUGGAAGAAGGUGAGGUUGGGGCAAGGAGGCGGGGUGAUGUGGUGCGUAGUGUUAGGCGGAAGUGCCCUCUCAGCUCUGAGGAGCUCACGAACUCGCCAACAUUUAAGCACUGGCAGGGGUGUGCACAGGGACAGGUCACUGGACCCUGCUG